AUGAAGGUGCUUAUUCGUUGGACAAUGAUGAAGAAUCAUGGAAACUUUUUGGCUUUGGUACAGCUCUUGGCCAAAUAUGACCCACUUUUAGCUUCUCAUCUCUCCAUGUGUCAAGAGAAAUCAACCAAAAGAAUAGAAAAAUUGAAGCGUCCAGGUAAAGCCGGCAGUAAAGGUCGCGGUGCUCUGGUUACGUUUUUAAGUAAGACUACUAUAUCAAAGCUUCUCAAUAUUAUGAAAAACAUGAUGCAGGAACAGAUUGCAAUGGAAGUAUCCAAAGCAAAAGUGUACUCCAUACAAGUUGAUUCUACACAAGAUAUAUCUGCAAUUGACCAAUUCAGCAUUGUGGUUCGCUAUGUUUUAAAUGCUACUGUGCAUGAACGGCUGCUUUCUAUUGUACCAAGCAACGACGGUACUGGCCAAGGCUUGUUCGAUCUCUUAAAUUUGACGCUACAGCGGCUUGGCUUUAACUUGAAAUACUGCCUAUCGGACAGCACUGAUGGUGCUUCAAGUUAUCAUGGCCAGUACAAUGGACUGCAACAAAAGAUUACAGAAGCUGCAGACCACCAUGUACAUACUUGGUGUUAUGGUCAUGUUCUCAACUUAGUUGUGAAGGAGGCAACCAGUUGCUGCAUUCAGGCAGUUUCAUUUUUUACCCUUUUGCAAAAUGUUUCAACAUUCAUAAAAGUGUCAUAUAAGCGAAUGGCAACAUGGAUUAAACUUGUUGAAACACAAAUUGGAAUGGAUAAGAUGAAAAGAUUGAAAUUGAUUGGUGAAAUAAGGUGGUCGGGUAAAUCAAAUGCUGCAACAGCGAUAUUUGGAACAUUUUCUGAGCCAUCUUCAACAGUGUUUGUCAAUUUAAUUUUAUGUCUGUCAUGUAUAAGCGAAUCAGAAAAUUUUGAUACAAAGACACGUCAUGAAGCUAAGACAUUGCUCAUGCCAUUCCUGAAAUUUGACACCAUUUUGACUGCCUUUACCUGCCUGCGAGUUUUUGAAAAAGUGAGACCACUUUCAAUAUACCUGCAAACUCGUGGAUUAAAUGUGUUGGUUGCAUUCAAGAUGGUGGAGAAGGCCGUAAUUGAAUUGAAAAGUCAAUCAAGACUUUUUGAUGAUGUUCAUAAUAACGCUCUUCAAUUUGUACGGAUGGCAAAUGCAAGUAUCAUUCAGAGAACUGAAACCAUAUUAGAGGUAAAGAACUACCAGCUAAACGAAAGCGGAAGACACCAACGAUGUUAG